AUGGAAAAAAGCAUUAUGAUUUUCUUAUUUAUUAAAAUAGUUGUAUUUAACUUUUUAACGUGGAUACCCCUUUUAAACAAUAAUGUAAGUAUGUUUAGCAAAUACCAAAAUAAGCACUACAAUAUUGGUAGAAAAUUAGAUUCCAGUACUUAUGGAUUACUAGAAAAAUAUAAGCAGGAUAAGGAUUCAAAUGGUGCAAUGUUAAGAGAUGGUUUAUAUAAUAAUGGAGUGAACAAAAAAAAGGAUAUAUAUAAUAAUAAAAAGGAAUGCACAGAAAAAAAGAAACAAUUAUAUAGAGGUUCAUUAAAUAAUUAUGAUGGCCAUAAACAAGAUAGGAACAAUAAAUGUUCUACAUUUGAAACAAAAAAGUACUCUCGCCUUGAAAAAAAAGUAUUCAAAGAACUUGAUUAUAUAGAUUUUCUUAAAGGCAACAAGAAUAUUAGUGAUAAGACUUACAAAAAAAUAAUGCUUGAAAAAUUAUCAUUAAGAUUAGCUUUGCCUAUAUUAUUUUUUUUGUUGUUAUCAACUGUACUUAUAGUAGAUAUAUCUCUGCAUUUAUCAUCUGAAGGAAAGGGAUUUUGGGAUCUAUCAGGAUUGGGAACAACUUUAGCAUCAUAUGAGAACAUAUUGAAGCCUUAUCUUGAAUGGUUAACGAAACCCUUAUGGACUUCGGCAGGGAGCACUUCCGCUAGUGUACUAGGAGCAUUAUUUAGUGUUAUAUUAUAUGUUAUACCCUUUUUAAUAUUAGGUGUCACACUUAUAACUUACAUUUUUUAUUAUCAUAGAAAAGCUAAAAAAUUUGAAAAAAUUAAGUUCAGUAAAAAGUGA